AUGCGAACAGAAGGUGUGCCAGCGGAUUGGCCUGAGGAAUGGCUAGACGCGAAAAGUAAACGUCCGAGCGGUCGAUACAUGUUUGAUAUCGACGAGGGUCAUGCCCAAGAGGUGUACUGCUUAGGAAUAAUCAUAUAUGCUCCUAGCUUCCCUUGUUACCAUUGUAAGACCCUCGUCGAAGCAUCACUACACCAAUCGCACUGCGAUAAAUGCAACAGCAUCCUGGACACAGGCCAAUCGCCAAAACCCAGGCGAGGCUGGGUGCUUUGCGUUAUGUUAGCUCCCAUCCACCGGGGAGAUGGCGAAUUCGAACGCGUCGGCUGCGCUAUUUGGGAAGAAGAGGACUGGAACAAGCUGAAGGGAACUUGCGAUAUCCAGGGCGUAUCAUCUCAGGAAAUCAGUGAAUUGGAUACCAACUUAGGCUCGGACGAAGUCAUCAUUCGACUCGUUUGA